CGGCUGAGGGCUCAGAACGCGCUGCUCUCGCGAGAUUUCGGUGGCGGCGCUGUGAGGGGCGCGUGUGCCGCGCGGUGCGUGCAGCUGCAGCCGCCGCCGCCGCCUGAGGAGGAGCCGCGGUCUGAGUGGCCGCCCGGGCUUGUGACAUGGCCACAGAUGUAGCUGAGCCUGUGGUCCCUGACUGCAGAGGAGACAUAAGGAGCGGUCCCAGGUCGGAUGCCGACUACCCUCUUCGGGUCCUCUACUGCGGAGUCUGUUCAUUGCCAACAGAGUACUGCGAAUAUAUGCCUGAUGUGACUAAAUGCAGACAAUGGUUAGAGAAGAAUUUUCCAGAUGAGUUUGCAAAACUUACAGUAGAAAAUUCACCGAAGCAGGAAGCUGGGGUUGGAGAAGGCCAAGGAACUGCAGGAGAAGAAGAAGAGAAGAAGAAGCAAAAGAGAGGUGGAAGAGGUCAGAUAAAACAGAAAAAGAAGACUGUACCACAGAAAGUUACGAUAGCUAAAAUUCCUAGAGCAAAGAAAAAAUAUGUCACAAGAGUAUGUGGCCUUGCAACGUUCGAAAUCGAUCUUAAGGAAGCACAAAGGUUUUUUGCUCAGAAAUUUUCCUGCGGUGCCUCGGUAACAGGAGAAGAUGAAAUCAUCAUUCAGGGCGAUUUCACAGAUGACAUUAUCGAUGUAAUCCAGGAGAAGUGGCCUGAGGUGGAUGAUGAUAGCAUUGAAGAUCUUGGAGAAGUCAAGAAGUGAUGGUUAAAGACUACCUUUAUUUAAUUAUAUGGUUAUAAGUGACGUAGCCAAAGUGAGGCUUCUAAACCCAUGGAUUCUGCAGUGACCCUGUGGAGAGCCCAUAUCCUUGGCAUUUUCACUGUUCUGUAUAGGCUGCUUGGAUUUCUUUUGUUGUGAUAUUUGCCAAAGUUAAAUUGGGGUCUAUCAUGCUUAUGCAUGAAGAUUUAAAUAAAGUUCCUGUUCUUCACUGA